AUUGAAUAAAGCCCGCCUUCAGCAAGCAAACAAGUGCAUAAUCCGAUCAAUCAACCAUCGUCCAGUACACAUCUCCCCUUGGUGCCGAGUGACUUCAACGACCGAUCGGAAAAACGACGAACCCACACUGCGUCCACCGAUAUGCACUAAGAACCACGUCGCGUGAACCAUACACCAAAUUAGUUGCAGCAGUUAGGUGCCAUUAGCCUAUGCUUUCCAUGAAACCACGAGGCGGUGGUUUAUGCUCACGACGAUGAUGGGCAGGAGGAGGUUCGGGUCUCGCUCACGCCGAUGACUUCGAAUCGCCCAUGCGGUUACAUGAUUUAGAAAAUGAUUUUCGCUAUUGUUUUCAGUUGAUGAAAAACGCUCGCUCGAAACGGUUUGCAAUCGCGGAGAUCUCUCAUAUCUAACUUUGCUGAAAGCCAACGCAGAAGUUUGGCCUCAACAGGAGGAAGCAUUAUUUGUGAAGCCACAAUGAAUCACGAAAAGUGAAAAGGGUGCGCACGGUGUGGAAGGAAUCGAAUUGUGAAUUAAUUGCAGUGAAGAACACAAUCAAGCAGGAUACAAGUGGAAAUUGAUUCCAAUUCUAUGCAAUAUGCAGUGAUAUGAGGAAAAAUGGUGUGAAAGGAUAAUCGCCAGUGAAUCACAGUCAGUUUUAGUUGUAAGCAACAGAAAAACAGAAAAUCAAACAAACACUGAAGAAAGUUUAAAUGUUUUGUGAUUUGCUGGAUUUCAUUUUCACAUCCAAGCUGUCCGUCAAAUCCAAGGAAGAUCAGCAUAAACAGAAACAGCUGCACCAGCAGCAGCACGAGGAAGGAAAGGAAGAACAGAACGUAUCCCAUCACUGUCAGCAGCCAAUCACGAAUCGUCAUGGAUUACAUCGGAUAUACAAUGAACACUUGUUUAAUUCUUUUCAUGAUUUCCGUUACCGGCAGCCACUGCCAGUACUACAGCAACCGUGAUAUCAUUCUGACGCCACACCAGCUCAAGACCUAUCCGGGCAAGAUUUUGUACUACCGACCCCACGAGCUGCCGACCGGUCCGGGGGUUUUGGACAAUGUCGUUCCUGCACAGCAGGGAGCCGGUCCCGCCGCCGCCGUCGCCACCAGUACCGCCGUUCCCUGGGAGGAGGUGCUGAAGGAAACCGUCUUCCUUGCGCUGAAUGAUAACAAAACGAGCGCCAAAUCAGCCGAUGGCAGUACGACCACCAAGCAGCCACUGUACAUUGCGCGGCAACAGAAGGCCAUCUACGGGGCGCCCUACAUCGGUUUCGUAGACUUGAGCGUGCCACGGUUCGGAGACAUUGUGGAACUAGCACACGGCAGGUUGGAGCAGGACAACGACGAAUCCUACUUCUUUGUGCAGGAUGAUCCCAACAGGCCAACCAGCAGUGUAGGACGCAACGUGAGUGCCUAUUGGAAGGUUGAACGAAUUCGACAUCGGGACGAGCUGCGAGGACAUCGGUAUGAGUUGAAGUUUACGGUUGCACCAAUGCGGGACUUGCAACUGGAUGAAAACGCGAUCGUCAAUAGGAGUUUCAUCGUUCGGGACGAGGAUUAUCCGAGAUACUUUGGAAUGCCUUCACCGAAUGCUAUUCCGAUGAUGAAGAAGAACGAUCAAUUUGUUGAAAGGGCGGUCUUUGAUCCACUGUUUCCUCCGUAUCACCCAUCGUUCACCAGCAACCGAUACUUUCGUCCGACGCAAGCGACCAUAACUUUGGGAGAAUAUUUGCUUCAAUCACUCUUGUCUGGAGGAGAAACUACGAUCAAAGCUCAGAAAAGCUAUGCCCCAAAUGCAUACCGGUUUGGAUCUGCCUUCAAUAGGGUCAAGUUUCCAGAUGCGUUCACCACUUCCAGCCAAGCGGUGCCCAAGUACUAUCACCAUAUCCACUUCCAGAGGCCGUCAAUUGCUCCGUUAGCUCCGACAGCUCCUCCAAUGCCACCAUACAUUAGGGAAGUUCAUUCAGCUUCCAGCAACGUUCAGCAAGAUUACACCAAACUGGUAGAUUUCCGUGGAGGAAACGAACAUACGGAAACCACACCGAAUGUAGAGAACAAACCUAUUGCCCAACAGCCCCAACAAAUUCAGCAAAGCCAUAGAUACCCGCCCUCUAUUCUGCCUAUCCAACCGACUCACAUUCACCACCAUCAUCAUCAGCAACCGUUACAACAACAGCAGCAGCAACAACAACAACAACAACAACAGCAACAACCACAACAGCCCCAACUUCUAAAUCAACCACUCAACAACAACCCACCACCCCUACAGCCCCUCCCGCAGAAUCUUGUCCAAUCGAUCCCAGUUUUCAAUCCACAAGGCCAAGUUAUGUUGAACCAUAUCCCAAUCGCUCCUAACCACAUGUACCAGGUUUCGCAAGGGCCCGUUGCCUUCCCAGUACACUUCCAACUGGUGCCUUCGCAAGGUCAGAUCUACGCUCCCCAACAGGGCGGACUAAACGCCAUUCCAAUUCGCUUCAUGCAACAGGCACCGGUCCACAUCUACCCGGUCAAUCCCUUCCUGGCAACCCAAAAUCAUCCAGACUACAUCACCACCAAGCAUCCUAACCAUACCCAACACUAUCCUCACCACCCGAACAGCAUCCCCACCACGCUCAAAUUCUCCAGCUUCAAGUACACUCCGCAACCUUCAACCAGUCCGCUCGCAAGCCCAACCAGUCCAAACUACCGUUACGGAUCGCUACCGACGAUCCAUGCCUCGCCUGCAGGUCUACGUGAGAAGUUCACCGCCCCUGGUUUCCGACCCGUAUCCAGCAGUACCGUCUCACCAUACAACAAACAGGAACCCGAAACUGCCGGAAGCUCCCCCAUUGAUUCUUCUUCAUCGCCCAAGUUCCAAUCUUUUGGAAUAGAGAAUGCAGUGACUCCGAAAACCACGGCUGCCAUCCCGAUAGCCACGGCCGCUGAACAAAACUUUACUCCAUCAAUCGGUCAUACCUCGUCGGUUCACAGUGGAUUCUUCAGUAACUUCCUGGACGAGAAAGGAGCCGUGAGCCAAAGUGGCAAGCUCUACUCCGAACCCGACCCACUGUACCACAAGAACAUCGGAACGACACCCAUCUCCUUCACUACUCCAUACCCAUCGGUAUCCUCAUCGGGAGCCUUCACUUACACGGCAGGACCCAACUUCACUCCCAAGUUCACCUUGCAUCCAUCCUACAAAGGAAUCCCCUCGCCAACGAUCGUACCUCCCCAAAUCGAAACUCCGAUCUCGUCUACUCUGAAGAGUUAUCACUAUUUGGCCCAUCACGAUAGCUUCGAUUUCGUUCCAUCCAGGGUCGUAGAGCUUGCCCACGUCAAGAAAAUCCCCAAGAAGUCAGGAUCUAAACGUAAAAAUCACGGAAAUCAUGGAAACCACCAUCACGUAACCGUGACCAGUCAUAAACCGCUCAAGUUCAGUGAAGCGCCAGACUACGCUACCCGUCGGCCAGAAUCUCAGCUAAGCGUUCAGCUGCCUCCACCGGAGAAAGACUUCACUUACUACGGAACGGCCAAACAGAACCACAAAGUUCAGAAACCCAAGAACUACGUCACCCAGCCAUACACCAGUUCGACAACUCCCUUCCCAACAUCCCUAACCACUCCGGCUUCCUCGACUACUGCUAGCACAACCCCGAUCCCAGCAACCACAACCGCUAGUGGAUCCACCACGGCCACUACGGAGAAACCCUUCACCCAAUUCCAACCUUUCUUCAAGAACAAGAACGAGAAAUCUGACGACAUAAUUACCACCAUGCGACCGCGCUUGGUCAUCAAAACCAUCUACAAACAAUUCCCAAGCUCAUCUGCCGCAAACUCGGCCAGCGCAGGUUCCACAGAAAAACCCGUCCUCAAAUGGAUCCCAAAACGUCCACGCAACAAAAGCAAUACCAGCGCUGAACCGUCCUCCUCUUCCUCAAGUUCAAUCUCAUCCUCGGCUAGCAUCGAACAGGUUUCCGCUUCCUCCGAACACUCAACCGUCGAACCCAUAUAUGCCAAUAAGUCUCAAGCCCCCUCAAUAACAGCAACGGCACGCUCAAGUCUCGAGAACCAAAUGAACCGACUCCGGGCAUCCCGUGGCCGCUCUCGUUACACUCACCGCCGCGUCACCACUCCAGGAACUCCAUCCGCUUCGCAACACCCCAUCGCAAAGGUCCAUCGAGUGCGGACGAGCAGCAGCACUACAACAUCGACCUCUACCAUAAAACCCAUCUCCGGGGUCACUUCGUCCGCAUUUGACAGCAACCGACUGGACAAUCGCCCUCCUACCGAGUCCGAAGAUCGGCAACCCGAGGAAAGCGCCGUCGCUCCGAUCAGUCUCAAGAACAUGAGCAACGAGAAAUCCAAACGGGAUACAGCCACGGAAGAAAAUGAAAUCCUCGUUGCCGAGCCACUCAUCUCCAAGCUGUCCAUCGCCAAAGAUACCAGCUACGAGAUGAUCAAAGCCGAAAUCAAACCCGUCGAAACGAAUUCCACCAACAUCCUGCUGUUCGAAGCCAGUGAUGCCAGCAUCGGUCCGACGGGAUCCUCUGCACCGACCUUCAACGAACUGACCAUGUCGAUCAUCAACCACGCACGGGCGAUCGCCAACCAAACGGCCAAACCGGAAGACCUGCACGACAAAACGCUCCAGUCGAACGAAAUCAGUCACAAGGACGACGGGCAGACCACGGUUUCGAUGAUGAGUUCGACGACAGUGAUGUCAAGCACGAGCGAACCAUCGGCCGAGAGCACGAUCCACGAGCAGACGGCAACGACCUACAACGAAUCGGAAACCGAUACAACCGGAAGCAGUAGGAGCGAAACGACUGUUAGUGUAGACCAUUAGAAAGUGCGGGGGGUGCGAGUGCGUGUGAUGUAGAAAGCGAGAACGAGCGAUAUUAAGGUAGAGUUUAAGCAAGUGACACCAAAUAAGUUCUGAUAAGUAAUUUAUAAAUAUUUAUAUUUAAAAUGCCUACAAGAAAGAGAAGACUAGUGAGAAGUGAGCGAUAGCCAGAAAACAAAGAACUGAGAGAACCGCUGGAAAAACAAAACCGAUUUAGAUGCGAUACGAUUGCAAUAAUACGCGAAACUGAACAGCGACUAGAGCUUGACGGAGAAGUAUAUGCAUUAUUGAACAACGAAAAGCCAAGCCUAUACACAUUGAGCUGCUGAAACACA